UUGCACAACACUAGUAGACUAAUAACUUGUCGUGCGGAGCUUGUGUGACAGACAUUUUUGAAUAUUAUUUUUAAACAAUUGUUUCUACUUCAAUAUGACUUCUAACUCAGUUCCGAGAAGCAGUCUGACAAGAGAUGGCAAGACGCUGCCGUUCCGCAACGCUGGUCCCAGGAACAGCCGCCACAACAAGCAUAGGAAGCCAAAGAAGCACGUCUCUGAGGACGAGGAGAGUGAAGACUCCCCAGUGGAGGAACAGCCCCAAGAGGAGCAGCGUGGACCCUCCCCUAUGUUGGAGGAACCUACUGUUCGUCUGCCUGAGGAGGUGCUGAAGGCCCUGUACAAGACCCCGGGGGUCCUGAUGAUAGCCGGCCUCGUGUCGUGGGAUCUCGUUGCUCGUCGCGACAACAACCCCACCAAGCGGACCCACCCCAAUCUUUACACAUUCCACAAGUUCACUGACCGCAAGUACCGGUUCAUAGCUAGCAGCUGCUCUGCUGGGCACUCGGUGCUCGUUGAUGAACACGGAGAAGUCUACACUUUCGGUCGCAACACGUGCGGCCAGCUCGGCUUCGGCGACACGGUGACACGCAACGUCCCGGAGCCCGUGCCCGCUCUCAAGGGCAAGAACAUCAUCCACGCCGCCGUAGGCAGGCACCACACUCUAUUCGUCACAGACACGGGCACGGUGUACGCUUGCGGCGACAACAAGUGUGGGCAGUGCGGCGUCGGCAACACCACGCCGCAGAUACUCAAGCCGACCAGAGUCAGAUACAGUGGGGCUCCGGUAGUCAAGGUGGGCUGUGGUGCCGAAUUCUCCAUGAUCCUGGACUGUAACGGAGCCCUGCACUCGUUCGGUCUGCCUGAGUAUGGCCAACUAGGCCACAACACUGAUGGGAAGUACUUCGUGACUUCCACAAAGCUGUCGUUCCACUUCGAGACGGUGCCGAAGCACGUGGCGCAUUUCUUCGAGAAGACCAAGGAAGGCCACGUUAACAUCGUCAAAGAUGUUGAAAUCGUUGACUUCUCCUGCGGAAAUAAUCAUACAGUGGCGAUAGAUUCCCGUAAGCGCGCGUACAGCUGGGGCUUCGGCGGGUUCGGGCGCCUCGGCCACGCAGAACAGAAGGACGAGAGCGUCCCCCGCAUGAUCAAGUACUUCGACUCACAGUCGCGGGGCGUUCGCUCCGUGCACUGCGGCGGGACCUACAGCUUAGCCGUCAAUGAGCUCGGUGGACUGUUCCUGUUUGGGCAGACCAAGCGCACCGGGGAGGCUAACAUGUAUCCCAAGCCCGUGCAGGACUUAAGUGGUUGGAACAUCCGCAGUGUGGGAACCAGUAACACUUCGAUUGUGAUCGCUGCUGACGACUCACUCGUCGCUUGGGGCGUCUCGCCUACUUACGGGGAACUGGGCACGGGUGAUUUGAACAAGUCUUCAGCUCGGCCCAAGGAGGUGACUCGUAUGGACGGCUUGAACAUCACUCAAGUCACCAUGGGCUACUCCCACACGUUACUGCUCUGCGACGACGCAGGGGAGGAGGUCAAGGCUAAACUGGCGUCUCUCCCCACCUUCAACCCCUAAACACCCCCCUAGACCCCCGAAACACCCCCCUUUCAACCCCUAAACAGGAACACUAAGGCUGGAAACAGUGCUCGACGUAGCUAUAUCUGUGCAAGUCUAUGAACGCGCACGCAGCUACGCUGACGGUACGCGCGUGAUUUUGUAUGUGAUCCGGUCGGGAUGUACGGUCAGCGCUGACCGUCGGCCGAGCACUGUUUCCAGCCAUAACAACAUUUGGUUACAUAACAUAACAUUUUGGCACAGCAAAAUUAAUACAUAAAUAUAAAUAUGACUUUAACUAGCCUUUGUAGUUAUGGACAAAUCGAAUCGCUUUGUUUACAUUGCCAGCCAAAUUAAGCUGUUCUAUUGGUCCUCAAACAUAUACCUAGUUAAAAAAAUAUAGAAGAAGCUUAGAUGAACAUCAAUCCUAUGACAUUAGUAAUCUCUACCUAGAAUACUGCUCAAUCCUUUGUGCGAUUUCUGAACAAUUUAUUAAAGUAAUAAUUGAGAAAAUUAAGCAUUUUGAAAUCAAGUAUUGUUACCUUAAGAAUAAGCUGUAUUAAAGUUGAAAUAUUGUCUUAGUACUUUUAGCUUCUGUUGGAGAGAUUACACUACUGAGCUAACUAAUGUCAAACAAGAACUUAGUGCACAAAAAUAUUGUUAUAAACCCUGGAUUCGUGAACCUAUAGUGUUAGGCUUUAAUAAGAACAAGCUGACUACGCAAUCUCGGCAAACGGAAGCUUCCACAACUCCACAAUAGCAGGCCUAUGGCAAAAUCACAUAAAUUAUAUUUUACUAAUGAAUGUCCAGUAGGUUACAUAAAUAUUUACUAUUAAGUUUUUUUUUUGUACUUCUAUAAGUCAACAACACUUGUCCUUUGAUUGUUAGACAAAAAAAGUGAACAAUUUCUCAAUUCAACUGUUUUUUUUUUUAUAUAUUUAGAACAAAUUAGCAUAAUCACUAUGCUUUAAUGUUUUGAUUUGUCAUUUAUGCAUGUGUAUGUUUCUAUGUCACAGGUAAAAUAGUUUUUGUUACUCAAUAAUCAUGCAAAGUAGAUAAGUAGCCUUUGAAAGAAGAUAAACAUGCAUGUUCUAUAAAAUCUGGUUAUCAAAGUACAAGUGCCAAGAAUCCAUCGAAUUAUUUUGUUUUGAUUUUAAUUAAUGACUCCAAUUUAUUUCUUAUCGUGUUUUAUAUAUUUAAGGGUUUAUAUUCAUUGCUCAGUUAUUACUGUAGCAUAAAAAAAUACAUUAAUAAAAUAGUUUUAGGUACACUAACGUUAAUGGUAAAUUAUUAUGUGUAUAGAUGUCGAGCCUGGGCAAAUUUCGUUGGACACCCAUCAUUUAUUUUACUGCAUAUACUACUGCGACGUCUUUUGCGUAAACACAUCUUACGAUGAGUGGUACCAUUUAACUACACCGAUAACGGAAACAUUUUUAGUUGUCAAAUAUCAGAUUUGAUCAAUGGGCGGUAAGCAAUUAGAUUAGUUCAAAC